AUGUUUCGCAAUGUCAAUGACACCUCCGCUCGCCAUUCAUGGGAUAUUUUCUUCGAGAUGCACGGCUGCCUCAAUUCCGCAGUCUCUCAGGUCAUUUCAUCUGCCACGGCUUAUGUUCACAGAGACAAGUUGUUGCUCUGGCAGCUUUCUGACAUGGGCGAACCUAAAAGCCUACCCCAGAAAAGCUUCGCUGUUUUAAAAGACCUGAUGAACAGCGUGACAAACUCUCUAGCACCUGGGCAGUGGGGCAUGUACGCGAGCUUCAUUGAUACUGAGUUAGAUGGCAAGACAGCUCAAGAUCUAUAUUGGAGACAGAAUCUCCCACGGUUGAAGGCUAUAAAAGCUAAAUAUGAUCCAAGAAAUAUCUUUUGGAACCCUCAGGGUGUUACGCCUAUAGCAUGA